AGAACAAGUUAACCGGCGCGACAACGAACAUGAGCUCUGUCACCUAAGGUUUUCUGUUCUCAAGCCCGACAUACCUACCUGAGUGAGGAGUCGCCUGCUCCUCUUGUCCUAUCACUGCGCACGAUGCCUGAGGGUCCCAGGAAGCGCAGCAGCAGUGGGGGCAGCCAGUGCGACCAUUUAAACCCUCAGUCCAGUGGUGAGAGCUGCCCAGAGAAAAGCUCCAAUGUGGCCCUGAAGAAGCAAAUUGGACUCUUCAGUGGUUGUACCAUCAUAGUGGGCAACAUCAUUGGAUCAGGAAUAUUUGUGAGUCCCAGAGGUGUGCUGGAGAAUGCAGGGUCCGUGGGUGUGUCACUGGUAGUCUGGGCUGGUACUGGAUUAAUUACUGCUAUUGGAGCACUCUGUUAUGCAGAGUUGGGCGUGACUAUCCCCAAGUCAGGGGGGGACUACGCCUAUGUGAAGGACAUAUUUGGAGGGCUGGCAGGGUUUUUGCGACUUUGGAUCGCACUGUUGAUCAUCUACCCCACUAACCAGGCUGUGAUUGCGCUCACCUUUUCAAACUACAUGCUGCAGCCCUUCUUCCCCUCAUGCCACCCACCAGAAACCGGCCUGCGCCUGCUGGCUGCCACAUGUUUAUUGUUGUUGACCUGGAUCAACUGCUACAGUGUCCGCUGGGCCACAAGAGUUCAAGAUUUCUUCACCACUGGCAAACUGCUGGCACUGGGACUCAUCAUCAUCACGGGAUUCAUCCAGAUAUGUAAAGGUCAUUAUUACUGGCUGGAGCCAGUGCACUCCUUCCAACCCUUCCACGACUACACUGUUGGUUCCAUAGCGCUUUCCUUCUUACAAGGAUCCUUCGCUUAUGGAGGCUGGAACUUCCUCAACUAUGUCACAGAAGAACUAGUGGACCCACACAGGAAUCUCCCAAGGGCCAUCUACAUCUCCAUCCCUGUGGUCACUUUUGUUUACGUGUUUGCCAACGUGGCUUACAUCACUGCCAUGAGUCCACAGGAGCUGCUUGCCUCAAAUGCCGUUGCAGUGACAUUUGGAGAGAAGUUGCUGGGAAUUAUGUCGUGGGUCAUGCCAAUCUCUGUGGCGCUCUCUACCUUCGGAGGGGUCAACGGCUCCCUCUUCACGUCAUCACGACUGUUCUUUGCUGGAGCCAAAGAGGGACAACUACCACGUUUCCUGGCCAUGAUCCAUGUCACCCGCUGCACCCCCAUCCCAGCCCUGCUGUUCACGCUGCUGUCCACUCUGCUGAUGUUGUGCACCAGUGACAUUUACACCCUCAUCAACUACGUGGGCUUCAUCAACUACAUCUUCUAUGGCGUCACUGUUGCUGGUCAAAUAGUGCUGCGGAUCAAGCAGCCCAACAUGCAUCGACCCAUCAAGGUGAACCUGGCAUGGGCGGUGAUCUACCUGCUCUUCUGGGCCUUCUUGAUGCUCUUCUCCCUCUUCACCGAGCCAGUCACCUGUGGUGUUGGUCUCGCCAUCAUGUUUACUGGUGUUCCUGUGUAUUUCCUGGCCAUCUACUGGACCAACAAGCCCCAGUGCUUUAAUUUGGUGACUGGUAAAAUUACACGAGCGUGCCAAGUGCUGUGCUCGGUUGUCUAUCCAGAAGAGGGUCCGGAUUCAUGUGGGAGUGAGAAGACAAAUGGCGAAGGAAAAGAAGGUGCUCUGUUCUCUGACUGACACACAAAUGGUGCCAUUGAGGAAGAUGAGCUAAUGCUUAUACGUGUCACUGUUUUGUCUCAUGACGGACCACCUUUGACCUGGAAAAAAACAUCUGUACAAAAGAUGUAUUUUAAUAAAAAUAUCACUAUUGAAUGGCUGGUUUACAUUAAUACUGGA